AUGUUAUUCUUCCUUAAGUCAACUACUGCACAAACAGUUUUGUCAAGUACUAAUUCUAACGAAACUAUAAGAUCAGAUAGUAGAACAGUCACGCUUGCGCGGUAUCAGUUAACUGGUGUCGCCAUCUCGGGAUCGGCGUGGCAAAGUCACAGGGUGUUUUUCAAGUUCGGUGAUAAGGGAAUCGAAUACGUUCAGCUGGGAUCAACAGGACAGGCCCUGCUGGGCCUCGACAAUCAGGAGAAACCUUCGCGGCGCCGUAAAAAUCCAAGCCAGAGGGAUUGUUUUCGGGUGUGUGCACACUACACGCGCAGCCGCCAGGCGGACGUUCACGAGGAAAACCAGGGGAAUUUAUUAACUUGUAAGGAGACACUGAAUCAUCGAAACUGGGUGACCUGAUCUUCAGAUUUUAGUUAUUCUUGUUGGUUUGAAUGGUG